AUGGGGAAAGCUACUAGUUCUAAGAGCAGAAAGCAGAGACAUGAUCCUUUGAUGAAGGAUCUGAACACCGCUCAAGGUGCACUUAAAAAGAUCAAACAAAAGACACAGAAUACAAAAGAUGAUGAAGAUGAAGUUGAAGAAUAUGUGGAUGCUAAAACCUCUAGAAAGAUCUUACAGUUAGCAAAAGAACAGCAGGAUGAAAUUGCAGAAGAAGAAGAUGCAGAAAGAAAUAAAAUUAAUCCAGACAAUGCCAGGUUUAAACAAAUUAACUACAAUGAGAGUGACAUAGAAGAAGAAGAUGAAGAAUAUCAAGAUGAGAAUAUAUCAGAUUUUGAACCUGAAGGUGAUUAUUUUGAAGAUGAAGAAGAAAUGGUAGAAAUUGAUGAAAAAGAUGCUGCCAUGUUCGAACAAUAUUUCAAAAGAUCUCAAGAUUAUAAUUCUUUAGGGGGCAGUUACAACUUAGCUGAUAAAAUUAUGGCUACUAUUAGAGAAAAAGAGAAUGAAUUAGCUCAGAACGAUUUUGAUAUGGAAGAUAAUAAUAACAAUAGUUCAGCAUCCCCUAAUGAUUUUGGAACUAAUGGUGGAAGAAGACCUAUUGAUGGUGUAGAACUACCAGAAAAAGUUAUUAGAGCCUAUACUACUGUUGGUGCCAUUUUAACCACUUGGACCCAUGGUAAGUUGCCUAAAUUAUUUAAAGUCAUUCCAUCUUUGAAAAAUUGGCAAGAUGUUUUGUACGUGACAAAUCCAGAAGCCUGGUCCCCACACAUUGUAUAUGAAGCUACAAAAUUAUUUGUCUCUAACUUGAAUGCGAAAGAAGCACAGAAAUUUAUUAACAUGGUUCUUUUGGAAAGAUUCCGUGAGAAUAUUGAAACGAGUGAUAAUCAUUCUUUGAAUUACCACAUAUACCGUGCUAUUAAGAAAUCUCUAUAUAAACCAAGUGCAUUCUUCAAGGGAUUCCUUUUCCCAUUAGUGGAAUCUGGUUGUAAUAUUCGUGAAGCUACAAUUGCAGGAAGUGUUCUAGCCAAAAUUUCAGUUCCAGCUUUACAUUCUGCAGCUGCAUUAAGUUAUUUAUUAAGGUUACCUUUCUCACCUGCUACAACUGUUUUUAUAAAGAUUCUCUUAGACAAGAAAUACGCUUUACCAUACCAAACUGUAGAUGAGUGUGUUUUCUAUUUCAUAAAAUUCAGAAUCCUUGAUGAUGGUAGUAAUGGUGAGGAUGCAACUAGAGUUUUGCCAGUAAUAUGGCAUAAAGCAUUUUUGACAUUUGCACAACGUUAUAAAAACGAUAUUACUCAAGAUCAAAGGGAUUUCUUAUUAGAGACAGUCCGCCAAAGAGGCCACAAGGAUAUUGGGCCUGAAAUCAGAAGAGAGUUAUUAGCUGGUAAGUCAAGAGAAUUUGAAGAACCGCAGAAUACCAAAGAUACAGUGAUGAUUGACGUUCAAUGA